AGAGAGAGAGAGAGAGAAAGGGAGAGAGGUAUGCAGUUCUGGGUGGCACUUAGGAUGCGGAUACUCCCGGUUCGUAGUGUACGAUCGACGAACUUUCGGUCAAAUUUUAACUUUGCUUGAAAGUACGAUCUACAAUCGUAACGAUGUGACACACACGUACCGAAAUUUCGAUGACACUGAUGACAUGAAACAACAGCAAACAGCCGACUAACGAGGAAAGAGAAACGCGUGGAAAUAUUGUACAAGUGCACGGAAAUGUUCUGUUACGUCCGUGUAUAUUUAGCCGGAAAUCAGCUGACUCCGUGUCACCUGGACUGAUUCUUGGCGUGGAAGGCUCAAGGGGCUUCCAUUAUCCGAAUCUUCUGUCACCCGUAAGUGGAUGGAUAGAAGAAGACGAAACCGCCAAAACAGGCUUCGUGCCACUUAUGCUAUUUAUUUAAGUAUUCUCCAAGUACAAGAGGAAAGCUGAAAAAAAUAUUGGUUGCUCGUGUCGAGCCCGCUAUUCCAGGUUUGCCGGCGCCGUCCAUCACUGGCCAGAACACCCGAACUACGAUCAUUCUCUAUAUUUCUUUGACUGUUCAUUACCGCGGAUCACGCGAAGCAACGAUCAUUUUUUCAGUUUAUCCAUUGCCAUUCAUCACCAUCAACUAAUCAAACGUCCGCAACCAUGUUGAACCGUAACCAUUUUCCCUUCAAUUUCUCCGAUCCUCACGUUCCACGUUCACACGUUCAUCUUCUCCCGUUCGUUCCUUUCGAUGCAUCAUGGGACAGAAAAGCAUUCGUGCAUCGAUCGUGUCUAACAGUUGCAAUGGCACUUUAACGGCGCGCCGAACCUUUUCCGUCCCAUCAGUGCGGCGCUCAAGAUCGUAAAACGCCCUGCAACGGCAUUAUCUAAUUCAACUUGUUUUCUAUGUGGAUUAACUUUUUCCAGAAGAGAACGUAUACAGCUAUGUGACUGAGAGAAACAGCUCUUAGUGUAUCUGAACAGAGACUGUAUGAAUAUCAUGAUGAUGUAUUAGAACACGCGCUGCACGCGGCCUUUUGCAGGUGGUUGAGAGACCGAGGGUGGCCUUGGGCUGCCGCACUUCCGGUCACCUUUCGCCUGAUGACGGACAAGCUCCGGGUCGACCCUAGAGUCACCAGAUUUGUCCUACCGAUCGGUUGCAACAUUAACAUGGAUGGAACGGCGCUGUUCGUCGCCGUUGCCAGUAUCUUCAUCGCGCAGAUGCACGGCAUCAUUUUGGGCUUUGGUGAAAUCAUAACGGUUAUUUUAACAUCUACCGCUGCGUCCGUGUCAUCGGCGUCAGUUCCAAGCGCAGCUCUGGUUCUUCUUCUCGUUGUCUUAAGCGCCAUCGACGCUCCCGUUUACAACGUCUCUCUCUUGUUCACCAUCGAUUGGUUCGUGGACCGUAUUCGAACCACAAACAACAUGUUGGGAGACUGCUACGCCGCUGCUGUGGUGGAGCAGUUGUCGAAAAAGGAGUUGAUGGCACUGGACGCAGCCGCUUAUCAAUCGGAGACCGUUUUGCCCACGACUAUCGCAAACGGAUGUAUUUCCGCCAACAGGGUACCUGAUCCCGACACCAUCGUCGUCGAGAUGCAAGACGACACGAGGAUAGCCGGCGUCGCCAACAUCAGCGUAUUACAGAUACCGAGGAGCGUGACGGAAGAGACAGUUUGACCUGUGCUUCACACCAAAUGUUAAUUUAGCUACGUACAUACGAAAUAUCAUCGAGUGCGAUACGUGCAACGGGGAUCAAAGAAACAGUACAGCAGCUACACGAACAUCGUCCUUUUGUGGCACCGUGUUUUCUAUUCUUACCAAGCGGGUUGCAAGCAAUUGC